GGAACCCGAAGUUACCGGUUAAAACGCCCUCCCGAAAGCCAGUGGCUCCCGUCUUCCUUCUCCCCUACGCGGCCGGGGAACGAUUCCCUUCUCUCACUGGGUGGUAUAGCCUCGGAUCCAGAGCGGAAUUCGUGUGGGGUUCGGGAGAUCGUCGCUGUUGGGGGUGUCAGGGGCGAGAGGGAUCUAGCGAGAGGCGGCGAUCAUGGGGAAGGCGGCGGCGGUGGGUACGGCGGUUGUGGUGUGCGCCGCGGUGGGCACGGCCGUUGUGCUGGCGCGGCGCCGGCGGCGGAAGGAUGCGGAGCUGGUGGGGGCGGAGGUGGACAGGAAGAGGAAGGUGGCGGCGGUGAUCGAGGAGGUGGAGCGCACGCUGGCCACGCCCACGGCGCUGCUGCGGGGCAUCUCGGACGCCCUGGUGUCGGAGAUGGAGCGCGGCCUGCGCGGGGACAUCCACUCCCAGCUCAAGAUGCUCAUCACCUACGUCGACAACCUCCCAACCGGAGAUGAACAUGGGUUGUUUUAUGCACUGGAUCUUGGAGGAACCAAUUUCCGUGUUCUGCGAGUCCAACUUGGAGGAAGGGAGAAGCGUGUUGUCAAGCAACAGUAUGAGGAAGUCUCUAUUCCGCCACACCUAAUGGUGGGAACUUCCAUGGAACUAUUUGAUUUCAUUGCUGCUGCAUUGUCCUCUUUUGUGGAUACUGAAGGUGCCGAUUUCCACCUCCCAGAGGGGAGGCAGAGGGAGCUGGGUUUCACUUUUUCCUUCCCGGUGAACCAAACAUCAAUAUCAUCAGGGACACUCAUCAAGUGGACAAAGGGCUUUUCCAUCAGUGGCACGGUUGGUGCGGAUGUUGUCUCUGAGUUGAGCAAGGCCAUGGAGAGGCAGGGGCUGGAUAUGAAAGUUUCAGCAUUGGUUAAUGACACUGUCGGCACAUUGGCUGGUGGGAGAUAUAUGGAUAGUGACGUAGUUGCUGCCAUAAUAUUGGGCACUGGAACAAAUGCAGCAUAUGUUGAGCAUGCUAAUGCAAUUCCUAAAUGGACUGGAUUACUCCCUAGAUCUGGAAAUAUGGUAAUCAACACGGAAUGGGGAAGCUUUAAAUCGGACAAACUUCCACUUUCAGAAUACGAUAAAGCCAUGGAUUUUGAAAGUUUGAAUCCUGGAGAGCAGAUAUAUGAAAAGAUGAUUUCUGGCAUGUAUCUUGGAGAGAUUGUGCGAAGAAUCUUACUGAAACUGGCUCAUGAUGCUUCGUUGUUUGGGGAUGUUGUUCCACCUAAGCUGGAACAGCCGUUUGUUCUGAGGACCCCAGACAUGUCUGCCAUGCACCAUGAUGCGUCACAUGACCUUAAAGUUCUGGGAACUAAGCUAAAAGAUAUCGUGGGGGUUGCAGAUACUUCCCUGGAAGUAAGAUACAUCACCCGUCACAUCUGUGACAUCGUUGCAGAGCGUGGUGCACGCUUGGCUGCUGCUGGUAUAUAUGGCAUCCUGAAGAAGCUAGGCCGAGACAAAGUGCCAAGUGAUGGAAGCCCAAUGCCAAGGACAGUCAUUGCCUUGGAUGGUGGGCUCUAUGAACACUACAAAAAGUUCAGCAGUUGCUUAGAAGCAACUCUCGCCGACCUCCUUGGGGAGGAAGCUUCUUCAUCGAUGGUUGCUAAGCUGGCCAACGAUGGUUCUGGCAUUGGAGCCGCUCUCCUUGCUGCCUCGCACUCUCAGUAUGCAGAGGUCGACUAGUCUUGACAACGAGCCCUUUGGAUUGAACUCUGAGUGUAGCCUCUCUCUCUUUUUUUUCCCUUCCAGUCUUCCUAAUAUUCUGGGCUCCCAUGGUGGAAUUUUACCUUCUCCGGCUAUUCUGCAGACACACUACUCCGGUGCCUCUGCAGCAGGAAAAUAGCUAGUAUAGCGCCAAUGAGUUUGGAGGUUAUCUAAUGGCAUAAACGUCUCAGUGGCAGGAACAUGGAAAUGGAGGUUUGAACAAUGCCAUUCCUGAUCUGCCAAUUCUUUUUCCCCUUGUAUGGUGUUGGAAACCAAACAUUUUUUCUACCCUUCUGUAUUUUCUCUUCCCAAUAAAGAUGGGGACAUCAUCCAAUUUAACUAUCUGUUGUCUUUCUUGA